AUGGAGGUACUGGUUUCUAAAUGCGUUCCCGCAGCUUGUGGAUUGCCAGUGGGAAUGAAUAGCCUGUUGGGCUUCAGCAUGGCCAGUUGUUCUCCUUGUGACAUCGUUUGUGCUGUCACACUGGCUGUGUGUGGUGUUACUUGUGCAGCUUGCAAGCCAGACACCUAUGAUGAGUGUGUCAACAACAUGCUGUUUGGGAUGCCAGCGCAGCAUUGGCCAUAUGUAAAGAACAUUCGUGCUGGGAUGCCAUUGUUUCUGUUUGAUUUCAGCCGCAAGGUGCUGUAUGGAGGGUUCAAAGCACAGGAUGCUCCACCACAGGACCAAACGCCCAUAGACCCUCAAGGGUGGACUGGCUCCCAGCAAGGGAAUACAAAAUAUCCUGCUCAGGUCAAGGUGGAAAGACAGGAAGACAUGGACAAUGUGCCGCCAAUGUUGAUGGAUGAGCUGCGUCCCUUGAUUGACGACAACUUUUUCAACAAAGAGAAGGGUUUCUUUUCAAAUGAGCUCACUCAGGAACAGGUGGAUGCGCUGACUAACAAGUUCAACGAACUGAAGGUCGCAUUUCCUGAGGGCAGGCAAUUGCCAGAGCCAAGACCACAGGGCCCUGGAGGCCAAGGGCGUGGUAGGGGCUACAGCGGACGCAAUGGUGGGAAUUUUGGAGGUCCAAAUGGCGGCAGGCCUGGUGACGGUGGCGGAAGGCGUGGUCAGGGCGGUCUUGGAAGAGGGGGACCUGUACGAGGCUAUGGCGGAGGAGGCUACGGUGGUGGAAGAGGCUACGGCAGUGGAGGAGGCUACGGGGGCAGUGGAGGAGGCUAUGGGGGCAGUGGAGGAGGCUAUGGGGGUGGUGGAAGAGGUUAUGAGGGCGGUGGAGGAGGCUAUGGUGGCAAUGGUGGGGGUUAUGGAAGAGGAGGCUUCCAGGAUGGCAGAGGGGGCCUGGGGCCGGUGAAUGGUGGCAGGGGCCGGGGCUUUGCUGGCCGCGGCCGUGGAGCCCCGCCACAUGAUGGCCAUGGAAUGGUGGGCAUGCACCCCAUGGCGCGAAGUGCUCAUCCUGGGGGGCCACCAAACGGCCCCCCAGGCAGCAGGCAGCCACAAGGCGGCGGCCGUGGCAGGGGCGGGCCCCCUCAAGGCCCUCCCAUGAGCGCUGGGCCCCCAGGUGGGCCCCCAACUGGGCCCCCAACAGGGCCGCCUCCAGGCAGUCAAGGACCACCCAGGGGCCCGCCCAAUGGCAGGGGCCGCGGAAAUGGAAUGAACGGCGGUCCCACAGGCCCCCCGCCUGGCGUGCCACCGCCCGUAGGCCCCCCAGCUGGUGUUGCAGGCGGCACGGGCAGGGGCCGUGGCGGUCCGACGACCAGGCCUCCUCAGUACGGCGGGCCUGGCGGCGCCCCAGAAGGCCACAACGAUGGCAGCUACAACAGCCAGGACGGCUGGUGA